AUAAACUAACGGCAGCAUCUAGAAUUUACAGGAGACCGUCACCAACUCCAUUUUGCUUUUCCAACAAAUCACAAUUAAAAAAUAUUAGGAUCCAAACACCAACUUCAGGAGACGCCGUCGUUUCGAACGCCGGUGCCUCCAUUAACCACCCAUUCUCUCUCUAACUAAAACAAACAAUGAAACGACGUUCAGGCUUCUCUCUGUCCGUCAUCGUCGUCGUUUUGGCAAUCACUUUCAUUUACUUUUCAACGCUCUUUGUUUUCGUAGAGAGUUGGUUUGGUCUUAUGACCUCGCCGGGGAUUAUAAACGCCGUCGUUUUCACCGCUAUGGCUUUCAUGUGUGUUCUUAACUAUUGUUUGGCUAUCUUCACCGAUCCGGGUCGGGUCCCGUCCGCUUACGCGCCUGAUAUUGAAGAUGCUGAUAAUCCUGUUCACGAGAUCAAACGCAAAGGGGGAGACUUGCGCUAUUGCCAGAAGUGUUCUCACUAUAAACCACCCCGUGCUCAUCAUUGUCGUGUUUGCAAAAGAUGCGUAUUGCGAAUGGAUCAUCAUUGCAUUUGGAUAAAUAACUGCGUAGGCCACGCAAACUAUAAGGUGUUCUUUGUGUUCGUCGUCUAUGCUGUGAUUUCCUGCAUCUACUCCCUGGUCUUGCUUGUUGGCAGUCUAACUGUUGAACCUCAAAAGGAUGAGCAGCAAACCGGUGGUUCUUUCAGAAGUAUAUAUGUUAUAUCUGGGUUGUUGUUAAUCCCCCUAACUAUAGCGCUUGGAGUUCUUUUGGGUUGGCAUGUCUACCUCAUUCUGCACAAUAAAAGCACCAUUGAGUAUCAUGAAGGAGUAAGAGCCAUGUGGCUUGCGGAGAAAGGAGGCGAUGUCUAUAAGCAUCCAUAUGAUAUUGGAGCCUAUGAAAAUUUGACAACGGUACUGGGUCCAAGUAUUUUUUGUUGGGUGUGUCCCAUUUCAAGACAUAUUGGUUCAGGUCUUCGCUUCCGAACAGCCUAUGAUUACUCUAUUAACGGGUCUUCAUCCAAAUGAAGUUCCAUUUUACUGGGUUGUCUCAUCACACUUGCAUGGCUUGAUGUCAAAUGUCUCAACUGUCAAAUUGUGGGUGAAUGUCGAUGUUGGGACUCCUUCAAUUGGCUUAGUUUCGAGGGAUGAAAAAAUUCUUUAGCAAAACCACAGUAGUCUAGAAAAUGCUUGCUACUGCAGAAUAGAGCGGCACAAGGCAAUGAAUCAAACAUGAAGGCCCUAUCCUUGUGACAGUUGAAAUUAAGGUGUGCAGGUUGUGAAACAAUUGUACAUUUUCAAUUUUUUUUCUGAUUCAGCUGCGAUAACGUAGAUCAUGUAGGGCUGACAGUAGUCCAGUUAGUAUCUUUGUAAGGGUAAUAGAAUCCCUGCUUACCGUCAAGAGUGUAGAAAAGAUGAUAAAGAGUUUGAUUAGGACAACAAAACUGUGAAUUCUGUAACAUCAAACAAUAAUCAAAGUUUUGAAACAAUUUUGGUUUGCUUCUGUGUCAA